AAUUUAAUUUGGAGUUGCAGCAUCGCAUCGUCCUUGGAGAUGAACAAAACAACGAGGAGUUAAGUAGAAGAAUAAUAGGGCAGAGAGAGUAGAGAGUGCCUGCGAAGCAAAUGGCGAGAUCCAAAUCCCCAGUACUUCUCUUAUUUCUGCCUCUCCUCGCCCUCUCCCUCAUCUUCCUACUCUUCUCCUUCCACAGCCCCUCCCCCUCCGAAUCCUCCGCCAUUCUCCACUCAUACCAGCCCAUUUACAAACCCGAAACCUCCUUCAUCGCCUCCCUCGAGCGCUUCCUCCUCGCCCACAAAUCCCGCCCUCCCAAGCCCCGCGAUGACACUGUCCUCACCACUCCCACCCAAUCCCAACUCACGCACCUGGACGAUCUGGUCUUCCAGAGCGACAGCCACAGGUUGUACGCCGAUCCGUACUACCCGCUCAGCUUGCCGAUUAGGGUUUACGUGUACGACAUGCCCAGCAAGUUCACCUACGAUCUCCUCUGGCUCUUCCGAAACUCUUACAAGGAGACCUUCAAUCUCACCUCUAAUGGCAGCCCAGUCCACCGCCUCAUCGAGCAGCAUUCAGUCGAUUACUGGCUGUGGGCGGAUUUGAUAGCUCCGGAGUCGGAAAGGCUGUUGAAAAGCGUAGUGAGAGUGCAUAGGCAGGAGGAGGCAGACCUCUUCUACAUCCCAUUCCUCACCACCAUCAGCUUCUUCUUACUGGAGAAGCAGCAAUGCAAAGCACUUUAUAGGGAAGUCGUCAAGUGGGUUACCGAUCAGCCUGCCUGGAACCGAUCCCAAGGACAUGAUCACAUUCUUCCUGUUCACCAUCCCUGGUCUUUUAAGUCUGUUCGCCGUCUCAUGAAAAAUGCAAUUUGGUUGCUUCCUGAUAUGGACUCCACUGGCAACUGGUACAAACCUGGACAAGUCUAUCUGGAGAAAGAUCUAAUUCUUCCUUAUGUUGCCAAUGUUGAUUUUUGUGAUGCAAGAUGCAUAUCCGAGACUCGAUCCAAGAGAACAACUUUGCUCUUUUUUCGCGGUCGGCUUAAAAGAAAUGCUGGAGGGAAGAUACGCUCACAACUUGUAGCAGAACUAAAUGGUGCUGAGGGUGUAGCUAUAGAGGAAGGGACAGCAGGAGAGACAGGAAAGGCAGCAGCUCAGAAUGGAAUGCGCAAGUCUGUCUUUUGCUUAAGUCCCGCUGGUGAUACUCCAUCCUCCGCUAGAUUGUUCGAUGCCAUUGUUAGUGGUUGCAUACCAGUCAUAGUUAGUGAUGAACUGGAACUUCCUUUUGAAGGGUUACUAGAUUAUAGGAAGAUAGCUUUAUUUAUUUCUUCUAGUGACGCUGUACGACCAGGUUGGCUUGUAACAUAUCUUAGAAACAUUAGCCAUGCUCAAAUAGAGGAACUGCGUCAGAAUCUUGCCAAGUACUCAAGACAUUUCCUCUACUCCAGUCCAGCCCAGCCCUUGGGUCCGGAAGACUUGGUUUGGAGAAUGAUGGCUGGUAAGUUGGUUAACAUAAAGCUUCACACUCGGAGAUCUCAACGAGUGGUGAAAGAGUCAAGAAGUAUCUGCACUUGUGAGUGCAAGCAUGCCAACUCUACAACCGCAGGUCACUUGCAACUGUAAUUAAUUUCUAGAGUAUUCUUGUGCGGUCUUAUACUUUUGGUUCUUUAUAGUUGAUUUCACAAAGUACACUUGCGCUUUGUAUGCAUAUAAUCGAUUUGAUUCUUCUUUACCCAAUUUAUAUGUUGUAGCAAAGGGCUGCUUGACAAAACAAAAACAGGAUCAUAUGAUUUGUAGUAACUAGCAUGGUAUGGGAUCGGUCAUUGGUGUGUUCUUGCCUUA